GCUUAUUAACACAACAAAACAAUAAUAACAUGAUAACAAUAAUGAUUUCGCAGUACGUUUUGGCGAAUAAACUCUUUGUAUGCAAAUAAAAACAAACAAAUAAAAUAAUAGUUAUUCGUAACUUAAACACAAGCAUCAUUUAUCAGUCAGCGUCCAACCAUUUCUCAAACUCUGUCGGUGUUUGAGAUGUUUUGAUGGUUGUGUUGGAUGUAUUUUGAGUUCUCCCGCUCGUUUGGAGAAAUUUUCCGUGUCUUAUCUCUUGGGCCGUUACUCCAGGAGUGGAUUCCAGGAGCUCUACCUUUUAUGGAGCGCUCGGAGAGGCCAGACGGCUCUCUAUAUAUCAGCGGCGAGCGAGAGCGCUCCCGUUGUGGAUGAUGGCGUGUCGUUACAGCACCAGCUCGGUGCGCUCCUCCAGCGCCGCUCGACUCCACAGCUGCUUCAGAGAGGAGUCCUCCAUCAGCUCGGUCAGCGACGAGUCCUGCUGCUGCCGCGCUGCAGGUUACCAGGGUGAUGAGGCCUCUUUUGGGGGUUACCAUGGAAACCAUCAGUAUAGCCGAGCAGGUCAGCAGGUCGACUGGAGCCUCGGCGACAACAUACAGGCCGGCGGCGGCUCCGGUCCCGGGGUGGGCGUGGUCAAGGCCAUGGGCGACAGCUACUUCCUGUCUGCAGACGUGAGCGGGUUCGAGCCUUAUGAAGUGGUGCUGCUGGCCUACAAUCAGUGUGUGGUGAUUCACGCCGAGAAGACGGGCGCUGAUGGGACAGUUGCGGGCCGCUUUACCCAUAAGUCUGUGCUGCCAGCAGACAUGGACCCGUUAUCAGUGAGCAGCUCUCUGACCUCAGACAGGACGCUCAUCAUCAGCAUCAGACGCAGAACGCCCUCUUCUUCUGCUCUCCAGCUCACCUCUGACCUCUGACCUCCGACCUCCCAGGAGCACUCCAGUCGCUAUGAAUUGAUUGAUUUAAAAAAUAAUGUUUUGUCCCUUUUUGUCCCAUUUCUGAUGUUUGAUUCUCACCUCAUUUUAUUGUCUGUACUGUAUAUUUAUAUGUAUUGAAUGCCACGCCUGUUCAUGGCAUCCAAUAAAUACCUAAAUAAAUAAAAUCUAAAUUCAUUCAAUGUUUUGAAAACCUUUCAAAAUUAUAUUCGUUUUGGUCUAAAUGAAAACGCAGGUCUUGAUAAAUUCGUUUCUGAUUAAGCAUGAAUUAAAUUCUAUUUAUUCCACUGGAGUUCAAUGCUGAUAAUUCUCAGAUUAUAUGUUUGUAUAAAUUUCAUAUGUAUUGUGAUGUAUUCAAA